GCGUUCGCCUUGAGCACAUGUUUUUCGGUCGUGGGUUCGAUUCGUCCGAAUAAAAAUAAUUAUUGGUGAAAAUUCGUUUGAAAAUUGGCUCCCGGAUAGUAAAUAACACUCGUGCUUCAUCAUGGGAAAGAAAGCAAAAGUAGGAAAGGACCGGAAGGAUAAGUUCUACAAAUUAGCCAAGGAAACCGGAUACCGUUCCCGUGCCGCGUUCAAGCUUAUCCAGUUGAAUCGCCGUUUCGGAUUCCUUCAGCAAUCGCAGGUGUGCAUCGAUCUUUGCGCUGCCCCGGGAGGAUGGAUGCAAGUGGCGAAGCAGAAUAUGCCCGUCUCCAGUAUUGUCGUUGGUGUGGAUUUGUUCCCGAUCAAGAACGUUCCCGGUUGUAUCAGUUUGAUGGGGGACAUUACGACCGACAAAACGAAGGCAGAUUUGACAAAGGAACUGAAGACGUGGAAAGCCGAUGUUGUGCUGAAUGACGGUGCUCCGAAUGUGGGUCGGAAUUGGUUGUUCGAUGCGUAUCAGCAGGUUUGUUUGACGCUAAGUGCGACCAAGCUUGCGACGCAGUUUCUGCGACCAGGAGGAUGGUUCGUUACUAAGGUUUUCCGCUCGAAGGAUUACAACGCACUGAUUUGGGUGUUGAAGCAGCUGUUCCGGAAGGUUCACGCGACGAAGCCAUCGGCCUCGAGAAACGAGUCAGCGGAAAUCUUCGUCGUUUGUCAGGACUACCGGGCACCAGAUAAGAUCGAUCCGAGGUUUUUAGACGCCAAGUAUGUGUUCGAUGAGCUGGACAUUGAACCGCAGGUGAAGAUAAAUCUGCUAAAGGAGGUAGAGAAGAGCAAGAAGCCCAAGGUGGAAGGUUAUGACGGAACGGAUGUGCGGAAGAUUAUCUCCGUUACAGAGUUCUUGAAGAAUGACAAACCGUUGGCUAUGUUGGGAAGAACUACCGAGAUUCAGUUUGAUGAUAAGGGGAUUGCGAACCACCCGCGAACGACGGCUGAGAUCCGUGAGUGCUGUAAGGAUAUCAAGGUUCUUGGCAGGAAGGAUUUGAGAGAUUUGCUCAAGUGGCACAAGAUGAUGAGCAGUGAGUUGUUCCCACAUGAACACCAGGAGGAAGAGGAUGUGAAAGGGAAGGGCAAAAAGUUGUCGACAUUGAAUGAGAAAGUUCAGCAGGAAGAAGGCGAAGAGGAUGAUGAGGAAACUGUUGAACUGAAGUCUAUGGACAAGGAAAUUGCUGACUUGAGGAAGGAGGAAGCGCAGGAUACCAGGCGAAAACGCAAGAAGGCCAAUAAGGAACGAACCAAGCUUAACGAGAAACUGAGCUUGAAGAUGGUCAUCAAAGGGGAUCAGGGUCCUACGGAACAAGGGGAUGUGAUGAUGUUCAGCUUGAAGUCAGUUCGGGAUAAAAGGCAGAUCAACGAUCUUUUGGAUGCUGAUCCGGAUAUCCUAACAGAACCUGGCUUCCUCGACGACGAAGACGAUGGUUUGACCAAAAAGAGGCAAAAGUUCGUCAAGUACGACAAGGAAACCAAGGGAGAUUUGUUUGAGGACGAGAAAAUCCUGGCCCAGAAGUCGGACGGCGAAGACAGCGAUGCAGAUUUGGAUCGGGAAGGAUUGGGUCUGGAUGAUACCGAGGAGCUUCAAUUUGAAAAUGACGAAGGCGAGGAAGAUGUUGACAGCGACAAUCCAGACACGCAAAAUCCGCUGAUCACCGAUCUGGACUAUCGGGAUAAGGACGAAAAGCGACGCCAGAAGGCUCAGCUCUGGUUCGAAAAGGAUACUUUCAAAAAUGUUCUGACCGGUGAGGAUCAAGCCGUAGAUUACGAUCUGGAUCGCCUGACGGAAAUGUACCGGAAAUCGGGUGCCAAAAUCAUCGGCGAUGAUGACAAAGACAGGCCGCUCGGAAAAAAGGCACGUAAACGAGCAAAGCACGACGUCGAAAAGGAAGACUCAUCUUCGGAUGAUUCGGAUUCCGAGGCGGAGGUGGAAGUGAACGACGAAAGCUUCAAACACAAAACCGUCGAGAAAAUCGGCGGCAAGGAUGGGUUCGAAGUUGUUGCGGCGGAGAAGCGCGAAAAGAAGGUCAAACUGAACGAGGAGGAACUGGCUCUGGGUCAAAUGUUGAUUAGUGGCAAAAAGUCCCGUCGCGAUUUGGUGGACGCCGCGUGGAAUCGGUACAUGUUCAACGACAGUAACCUCCCGGAAUGGUUCGUCAAGGAUGAGGAAAAAACCAUGAAGAAGGAGGCACCGGUUCCCCAUGAGGUCGUCGGCACGUACAAGAUGAAUCUGGAAGAGCUCAACGUCCGGUCGAUCAAGAAGGUCAUGGAAGCCAAGGCCCGCAAGAAGAAGCAUGCUACCAAGCGAAUGGAGAAGAUCAAGAAGAAGGCGGAGACGAUCAUGGAGAAUGUAGACGACACCAACCAGGAGAAGAUCCGAAUGCUGAAGAAGUUGUACAAAAAAUCGGACGCCAAGAAAAAAGACAUCACUUACGUGGUGGCGAAAAAGGCCGGCGCCGGUGGCAAGAAGGUUCGCCGGCCGAAGGGUGUCGAGGGUCGGUUCAAGGUGGUUGAUCCGCGUAUGAAGAAGGACUUGCGAGGAUUGGACGCCAAGGAGCGACGGUCGGCCAAGAAGAGCGGCGGUAAAGGCAAAGGGGGCAAAGGUGGUAAAGGGGGCAAGGGUAAAGCGGGCAAAGGAGGAAAAGCCAAGCGGAAGUAGGCGGCACCGAGGAACAACGGUAAGUAAGUCGGAUGGUUCUUUUGCUGUGCGGUGUUGAUUUCCCCGUUGAUGUGCGAGUGUUUAUUUUUCCGUGCUAAAUUUCGACGGAAUUUGUUAGGAUUUAAGGAAAGAUCUAGAAUAUAUUUCUGAUAAUAUA